AUGGAGAACGGAGUCGGGACCCGUAACCCCAAAGCAUGCUUAACCUGUGCGAAGGCCAAAGUAAGAUGUUUCCCGGAAACCGAUGGUCCUUGUAAACGUUGUCGUCGCUUGGGAAAAGAAUGUGGAAGUCAAGUACCCGGAGCCCAUCGUCGUGAAAGAACAUCAGUCGCAAGUGGCUCAGAUGUUGCUGCACUCGAGGCUAAAUUAGACCGCAUGGUCGCCAUACUGGCCGCCUCGGAACGAAAUCCCAGGGAACAGGCAGAAAGUGGCCCAGCAACGAGAUCAUCAUCUACGUUUGAAGAUAAAACCGCUACUCCCGGUGCAGCCGAAGGCCAGCUGUUGAUGGAAGUGUUCUUCAAGCGAAUGUUCCCUCUCUUUCCCUUCCUCAUGAUUCCCCCGCAUAUCACCGCAGAGGAACUGCGCCGAGAGAAGCCAUUCCUCUAUCUGAAUAUUUCAAUGGUCGCGUGCCAAAACGCUCCACGUCAGCGAGAACUUGUGGAUGCAGUUAAAGAAUAUGUGGCCGAGCACAUCGUCAUAAGAGAAGAACUUAGCCUGGAUCUGCUUCAGGGUCUUCUUGUCAAUGUUGCUUGGUUCAUUUCAGUCAGUCGUUGCCCGCCACCUAGGGAACAACUCCCCGAUGUGCUCAAAGGCGAGGGCGAGGGCGAGCCUCACCAUACUGUUCGAAGCACUGCUCAUCUUGAUACAUUUGUGCACUUACUCGUGGCGCAAUCUUUCAGUUUGGGACUAAACCAAGAGCUGAGUUACCAGAAAAGCUUGAAUAAUACUUUGACUUAUUUGAAGGAAGCUGUGAACGAGGACCAUCAUAAUCCGGUUCGCACACUGGAAGAGCGACGCACUUAUCUUGGAUGUUACUAUCUAACUACGAUGCUCUCGACAUGUGUGAAAGACAUGGGGCCAAUUAUUCGCUUUACAAGAUAUACGGACGAAUGUUGCAAUGUUCUAGACCAGGUCGCAGAAUAUCCCACCGAUGCCACUCUCGUACAGCUAGUCCGAGUGAUGAACCUCGCAGACAGGAUCCAUCACACACUAUACCACACCGACCUCGAUUCUUCAUCAGUCUCAUCAGCGCCUCCGCCUCUUGGACUAAGCAUCAGAUGGCUUGAGGCUGAGCUUAAGCAACUCAAAGAUCGCAUCCCGAGCCAGUUACCACACUCUCCCAUUCUACAGCUUCAUUACAACACACUAGAGAUACAUCUUUAUCGAAUUGCCCUCCAUAACGAACCCUCUAAAUCCAACUAUGGCGAUCAUCCUCUCAUGCAACUGAAUCUCCUUUUCCGCUGUCUGGAAUCGACAACCUCCUUCUUCCAAAAUAUCCACUCUCUCCCUUCCGCGCUUUUCCCUUUCUUCCCUUUCACCAUAAUGUGUCAAUUCGGAAAGGCAAUCGUCACCCUGUCCCAACUUUCUCUCUAUGACCAUCCCGGAUGGGACCGAGCAUACGUGGAAAGCAUAAUAGACUUCGAUCAAACCGUCGAUCGUAUAGUUUCCAAACUCGAAGAAGACCUUCCAUUUGUCGAACAGGCUCUUGCACAAGAUUCCAUCUCUACUACUGAAUUGCCGGAGAUAUUUGGAAGGAUGAGGAACCGCUCGAAAAUGAUCAAAAAGGUGCAUCGGCGGAGGAAAGAUGCACUGGAACAAAAAUCCCUUUCUACGACUGUCGCCCCGAUGGACUACGACUUCAUGAUGGAUUGUCCCCUCGAUGUGUUGUUCCCUUUUGGUGAAAUGCCACCGAUCUAUGGGGAAUUUAUGUAGUUGAUAGUC